AUGAGUAUUAGUCGAACAACGCAGGCACAGCGACAUUCUGUGCGCUUACAUGCAGUCGAGUCAACACGUGUGUUAGAUGAAAUAACACGAAAACGACGUUUGAGAAAACAGCUGGAAGCUCUUGAACAGGACAAUUUUCAUGAAGACCCUCAUGCACAAUUGCAGUGGCAUAAAAAUAUUCCCAAAUUCGAGGAUGACCAACUGGGACAGUCACCAGCUCGUAAAGCAGAUUCUGAAUCAGGAAAGAAAAGGAAGAAAUUCAAAGUGGAAUAUUUCAAACAGAGAUUUCGGAAAAAUUUUUCAGCUUUAGUAGAGGAGGAAACGCUGUCGAAAUCUAUGGAAAUUUCGGGUUUUGAUGCUUAUAACGCUGCGCGAGCACCACCAAGCUGUAUUCCACCACGGCAAUUUUGCGCAGCUUGCGGUUUCUUCUCCAAAUAUACAUGCUUGAGGUGUGGUGUACGAUACUGCUCAAUAAGUUGCAGAGAUCUGCAUAAUGACACUAGGUGUUUGAAGUGGACUGUGUGA